UCUUUUAUAAAUUAGAGAGUAUUUUCUUCGCAAUGAUAAAAAACUAGUCUUUGGAUUGUUCAGUUAGGCCGUUCAACUGCGACGGAGAGCGUGAUGGCGGCUGUGAUCGAAGAGUUGGAUCCCCAGAAGUGUACCGAGUCGGUCGAGGAGAUCGCGAGGUUGGAGAAGAAGACCUUUCCGAAGCACGAGUCCCUUGCCCGAUCUCUAGAACAGGAAGUGAUGAGGAAGAACAACGGCUUAAUCUAUGCAAAGGUUACCAGUGAAGUACGAGGAGGUGGAGAGAUUGUGGGCUAUGUGAUGUAUUCCUGGAUUUCUUCUCUAUGCGCCUCAAUAACCAAACUAGCAGUAAAGGAGAGUUAUAGAAGGCAAGGUCUUGGGGAAGCAUUGAUGAAAGCCGCUAUUCAGAAAUGUAGAACAAGGAAUGUCCUGCGUGUUUGUCUUCACGUUGAUCCUGAGAGGAUUCCUGCUGUUUCACUGUAUGAAAAACUUGGCUUCCAAAUUGAGGUUCUUGUUGCAUCUUAUUAUUCUGUUGAUAGAAAUGCUUACAGAAUGUAUUUAGAUUUUGAUGGUUAAUGUUAGAAAUACCAAGUUCUUUGGAUAUGCAACUUGUUUGUAGACCAAGUAAAACAUAAUGCUGUUUUGGAGCUUCACUGAUUGACAUCUUGGAAGAGACCUUUGCAAUAAAAAUUUGAAAAAACUGAGAACAGU